UUUUCGAUUUUUUCACAAGUUGUCAUUUUCUACUAGUUUUUGGCUACUUUUAGCAACUAUCUGACGCAGAUCAUCAGCAAAUUUUGUUUUUAAUGGUUGGAAACAACUUCUUAUAUUGUAAGGAUUCAAAUAGUUUAGCCUAGAUUGAAACAUGGAUGUAGAUGUAUCUGAAAGAUUGCCAAAACUUCUAUCUGGAAUCAGUACCCAUGGGGUGGAGAGUGGAAAUGCACAGUCACAGGACCAUAUGCCGAUAAAUGAUGUUGAAAAAGCAUACUGGGGUGAGAUGCCAAAGUCUUCUGAAAAGGGCUGUUCUGCUGAAAUGGAUAACAAUGAGAAAAUGGAUCAGACGCAGGAUCUUGCUCAAGGCAUAGGCAUAAUAGGCCUAGAUUCUAGUCCACAGCAGUGUACUAUUCCCUCUGCAGAAUCACCUUGUGGUAGAGAUUCAUUCAGUUGUAUGAUAGACCGAGUUGCUAAAUCAGAUGCACAUUUCAAACAUCAGCAACGCGAUGAGCCAGACUUGACUUAUGAAGAGAAGUCAAACAUAGCACGCAAAUUGUUUGAUGAUAAACCGGACCAAUUUCUUGCUAGGUUUGGCAAGCAGCUUGUGGAAGGAGAUCUGCAAUUUUUUAAGCAUUUAGAAUCAGACUACACAAUACAGUUUUAUAUGACCGAGGUGAAGCGGUUAUUGGAUAAUAAACGCACUGCGACUAACAUUAAAAAUCGUCGAUACCAAGCCAUGUUGAAAAUGACAAGUGAGGGGACUUAUUUCUCUGAAGAAGAGAUGAAAGAGAGGGACCCAUUGCUGUAUGAGCAGAUGGUCGGACAGUUUAUCACGGAAGAGGAGGCAAAUGAAGAGGUAGAGCGGCAAAUGGACAAGUCCGACUUGCGAUUCUCGACAAUUCUUAUGAAGCAUAUGCAGUGGAGUGAAACGAAUCAGUUGUAUAAAGUACAGAAAGAUAUUGAGGAGGGCCAGGAAGAAGAAAGUGAAGAAGAUGAUGACGAAGAGGACGAACAACAAGUUUGUUCUGUUUGUCUUCCUAUUAUAGUGGGAGACAAAGCUGAGUGGGUGCCGAGUGAAGGUGAGAGACGACUGAUGCGGCAGGAAUUCCUCGAUUUGAUGAAGGAACGAUUCAUGUCAGGAAAUGACAAGCUAUACUUCGACUAUAGUACUGUUGAUGAGAAUUCAGAGUAUGAUGAUCUUGAGAUACGAGAACAUGACGACGAGGACGAAUACUUCAAUGAGGAAGAUUCCGAAGAUAUCGAAGAAGAGAUGGAAUGUUCAGCAUUGGAUGAAACAGAAUUUAAAAUGCCAGAAAGAAGAGGGAGACCUACUUGCACCAGUCAACUCAAUAUAUCAUCACAAUCUCGGGAUGCUCCGUCAUGACCUAAGUCAACAGUCGCUUACUAUCAGUUUCUGCCUUAGCUCAUGGUGACCCUUCCUUGUGUUAUGCAUAGCAUACAUGUAUCGUCCAUAUUUUCAACCUGUUAAAACCCUUUUCGUCAAUAAUGCAAAAGGGAGGUAGUGGACGAUCAUUGUGCUCUAGUUGUUUGUUUUUGUGUAUAAUGUUGUGGUAUCUAAGCUACCAUUCUUGAAGUAAACUACAUGUACAUCAGUUUUGUACCAACAUUUUGUUCUUGACUUGCUUUCAAGCGUACUUGAUUGUACAUGAACAUGUAUUUAUGGAAUCACCUCAACAUUCAGCAAGGCAUCCACUACCAUAAGACCAUUUGUUUCCGCAAACUAUUCUGUUAUG